AUGAACGUACAUGUAUCCGUCAACAUCAGAGACGGCCAAGUACUUCACACGUCUUUCUACUCCUCGUCCAUCGUACAGCUCACCUGGAUCUCCGGCAGUCUAGCGCAGCCGGCGGUGAAGCGAGCGGCGGCCAUCGCCCUUAUCAACUGCGUAUGCAACACGCCGAACAUCUGGACGUCGUACCUCUAUUACGAUGAGCCCAGAUAUGUGGCUGCCUUUGCGGUCAACCUGGGUGCAGCCCUAGUCGCUAUUGCAUUUGCUACGCUGGCCUGGGUCUACCUCAAACGAGAGAAUGGCAAGAUGGAUCAAGGCAAGCCGCUUGGAAAGAGUGGACCCACAGAGAGGCAGCAGGCAGCCGGAUUUCGAUGCCUUCUGUAG